CUCGAUUGUUAUUGCCGCAAACCCAACGGGCUGUCGAGGCUCAUGGCAACAACACGUCUCUCUCUUUGUCCGCUAUAUCAUCGCCCCAGGACCGUAACAGUGGAUGCACCUCUCUAACUAUCUGGCGUACUGAUGGGUGGGUGGCCUGGCUCUUGAGACGGAUGUACACAGACGGCCGGCAUGCUGGACGGACAGGACAUGUGUGUGAGACUCCUCAUUCGUUUGCUGUGCUGGCUGCCUCAACCAAAAAUCCUUCCAAACAAAGAGAAAUCGAAAGUCACUUUUACUCGAACACACACACACACACAACACUACUAGCAAAUCACUCACCCACCGGUCACUCUCCAAAUGACUACCACACACACAUGAAAGAAAGAGCAUCUACAGUACCAGCAUCGCCCCGUCGAGAGCUCUACUCAUAGGGGGCGAUUGAGUCUCAGACUGGUGGACUCCAUGCUGAAGAACCCCAAUUUGUCGGAAGGCUGAUGGGCUCUGAAACGACGCUGCAUGUUGCUCGCGACAGCGUUGCUCCAGAAACACAUGGACGAAGUAUGGUUGCCCUGCACAGACGGCACGAGGGGAGGUGAAAACACACUCAUGCCGUCUCUUCGUAUGUAUGUUCGUAUGUAUGUGUGUGUUGACGUGCCUUCAGGUGCAUACAAGAGGCCAUGAUUGCGAUGGCAUUGCAGAAGAGGACGUCACAGCUGCUGGCAUCCACCUCACCUACCAACACACCACCACACAUCAAGAUACACAGGCCACACUCCGUCGAUCCCCACAGACAGACAGACACACAGACAGACACACGUACCGUGAAGGUUGAAAUAGACUCCUAAACAGGCUGGCAGAUCUGCAGCGCGCCCGCCCAGCUCCCACUCACUUAGCCCUUCCGCACUCGCCAGGGCGGCCGACGACACGUGAAACUGCAAGAUGGCCUCUCCCAGUGGUGUGCUGGUUGUCAAGUGUGACUUGAGGGCGGCCAGAAAAGGCACGACACCGAUAGCUGAUGUCAAAGGUGCACCAUGAGAACCCACCUGGACCCAUCUCAAAGUCGGCAUGAGGGCGGCAAUGCGGGUGACCACGUCUCGCUUGUGUGGCGUUGUGAGGGCGCUCCGUGCAACAGAGACGCUAUAGGCCUUUGGAAAGGUCGUGGAUGCGAUGUUGGCUGCCGUCUGCUCAUCGCCCGAGAUCAGCACAGAGCUCGCCCCAGUGGCCAGGUGGUUGACAAUCUUGGGCACCCAGAGGCAGCGUUGGGUGAGCGCCAAAUCACAAGGUCGGCAGCCACGUCCCCAUGAGUACUAGAGAAACAAGGCCCCUUCUUCAAAAGAGUAUCAGGGUGCACCACGGCGGCCCUGAACCCCACACAGACCACCGACCAGACAUGUCAUUUCUGCCUCGCUGGCUGCCGCUGUCUGAGUGCUCACGCGAGGUCAGCCACUUGCUCGAUCCGGCCGCUGUCCGCGAGGACCUCGCGACGCUGCCAAAAGCUCAGCCAUUCCGGCGGCAUGAUGUCCAACGAGGCGUGGUCGAGCUUGGCCUGUACGCCCCGCGCCACCAGCGUCUCGCACAGCUGCUGGAUGGCAUCGGCACCAGCAGCCCACACGUUGAUGCCCCGCAGAGAGCGCAGCCUCGAGAGGGAGCUGCCGACGGGCAAGACGCUCAGAGCCUCCACCGCCGCCAGCACCGAGUGCCCCCCGAGAUCGACUGCCUUAAGCCUCCCACCACCGCAUCCCUUGACCCACUCCAUCACAGCAUCUGCCCCCACGUUCUCCAGCAGGGUGAGGGUGUUCAGGUUAGGUGUGGCCCACUCCCUGCCGCGGCGCACACGGGCGCAGGCUGGGGGCAGCCCAGUGACGGUCUUGAGUGCUGGGAAAUUGACCGGCGAUGAGGGGGCCGGGAGGGGGGUGGAUGCAGGGGUAGGAAAGGGAAUGACACUGCAACUCCUCUGGAUCACACUCUUGAACGACAGCUCCUCCAGAGUCCCGUGGUCUGCCUGUCCCUCGAGGAUGGCGACCCAGAUGCCCAGACACCAGUCGGGCCGGCCGCAGGGGACUCGGACCCUCAGUGCCUUCAAGUUGCACGCUCUUUGGCCCCACCGGUAGGCCACAGGGAGUUGCAUGGCCUCCCACAUGCGCCGUGCCGUUUCGUCAGCACAGUCGAUCACCAGGUGUGUGUAGGUGGCGGCGGACUGCAGGAAGAUGCUCGUGUCGAUGGAGGGCCACAGCUGGGUCAGCUGCCAGGGCGUCAAGUGGCCGAGGACAGAGGCGACGUUUUCAUGGGACAGCCGAUGGGACUCCUGGGUGACCAGGGAAGGAACAGACAGACAACUUGAUGCGCGCAGGUGUCAAGUUGACAUUGUUGGUUCACCGGCUCACGAUUGGUCUCUUGCUGUCGGCUAUCCUGCUGAACCAAACGGCAGGACAUUCCCGCGCCAGCAAGCUGAAGCAACACAAAAGGGGAGGCUUGUCUCGCCCCUCCGGGGCCGCCCGUGUGCCCCUCUCUACCUGGCGCCAGAGUCGCGUGCAGCCGAUGACAAAGUGACGAAUGAGAGCGCCAAACGGACUGGCAGACCCAAUCCGCCGAACCCUGUGUCGUCUCACCGGGGGACGGACAGCAGGAAGAGCAGCAGCCUGCCCCAUCAACCAACCAGCCACACCAGGAGAGUGCCACUCACCCCAUAUGAGCUCUCUCUGUGCCUUCCUUCAAUCGAUUGGAUGAGAACCUGCCUACCUGUGCGUGCGGCGGUGCAGGUGUGGCCUUGAGUGACUGCACGGUGCUGGCCAGCAAGGGCUCCACUUUCGACAACUGGGUGGCGACGGCAUUGACUGGGGCGGCGAGGAGCGAAAGCUGGAAACGAAGCUCCGACAAAGACGCCUACACGACCGACAGACCAGACAGCGAACAGCAAUCGGUGACGAGCUGAGCGAGGCUCCCGAUUGAUAACCUACCUGUGGGCUGCGGUCCGCAGGAUCCAUCUGGUUGAUCUGAGAGAGAUGCUCAUCCACCUGCCAUGCAAGGCAGCAGCGCGACAAAACAAACACUCACAGAUCCACCCGGCGCAUCUUGUCUGUGGUGUGGCGCGGUUCCCCUCCCUCACCUUUGUAGCUUGCUGCAUGAGCCGCUGCAGGUUAGAGGCCGUCGACUGAGCGUCCUGCUGCAGCUGCCUCAGCCGCAACUCGUUGCUCAUCUGGUCUGUCAAUGAGUCAUUCACCUUGUUCGCCCUGCCGCAAUCCUUAGGCGCCUGUGGGGUGGCUACUUACUUUCCCGUGCACAGUCUUGAAUUAUCG